UCGCGGUGACCCGUCGCUCCCUCGAUAUCUGUGGCAGUCUCUCUGCCGUGCGCCACAUACACGGACAUCAGGCAUUAGAUGCGCAUUUCGCUUGUUUAUAACUACGCUCUAUCCUGUCUUGUUUUAUUAUUAUUAUUAUUAUUAUUAUUAUUAUUAUUAUUAUUAUUUAUUUGUUUUUCUUCUUUUCGGAAUACGCUGAAGUUGCAGUUAGACGAUACCCUGUGUAUUUUUAGUGAGACACGACGGUGAUGAGAGGCUGGAAGCGGGUGGUGAGACCGAGCGGUGCCGGGCUGUGUGAGAACUGAAGCUCCUGCUUCGUCAAGCAUGAAGUCCAGGCGAGAUAAACUGAAGGUCCCCUCUCUGACUUUGGAUUUGUCCCCCACUUCUUGCCAGAGCCCGACUCUCCUGAGCCCAUGCAGCCCCUGCAGUCCCUGCAGCCCCUUACAAACCUUACAUCCAUGGAGCUGUCGCAGCAGCAACAGGAAGAGUCUCGGUGUCGGGACGCCCUCACCCACGCUGUCACGGCCUCUUUCCCCACUCUCACUCCACACAGCUGUGAGCAGCCCUCUAGACAGCCCUCGAAAUGUGUCGACCAGUGCCUGCCUCAACUUUCCAUUUGCCCGAAGUCAUUUGGCUCGUGCUGAAAGAGCUGAGGGCAGACGAUGGUCUCUGGCUUCCCUCCCUUCAUCCGGCUAUGGAACCAAUCCGCCGAGCUCCACCGUCUCGUCAUCCUCAUCCUCCCAGGAGCGUCUUCAUCAGCUUCCUUACCAGCCGACCCAAGAUGAGCUUCACUUCCUUUUCAAGCACUUCCGGAGCACAGACAGCAUUACUGACGAGGACGGACGGCCCUCACCGGUCAUACGACCUCGGUCAAGGAGCCUCAGUCCCGGGCGAUCCACCGUCUCCUUUGAUAACGAGAUAGUCAUGAUGAACCAUGUUUACCGAGAACGUUUUCCAAGGGCCACAGCCCAGAUGGAGGAGCGCUUGUUGGAGAUUGUCACCCAUUACUCUCCAGACAGCUCCCUCCGGUUGGCUGAUGGCGUGCUGGGCUUCAUCCAGCACCAGUUGGUCGAGCUGGUCAGAGACUGUCUGGACAAGUCUCAGAAAGGCCUGGUUACUUCCCGCUAUUUCGCCGAGCUGCAGGAGAAGCUGGAAAAGCUGCUGCACGAGGCCUUUGAACGCUCUGAAAGUGAAGAGGUAACCGUCAUCACCCAGCUGGUGCGGAAGAUCCUCAUCAUAAUCUCUCGGCCGGCUCGUCUGCUUGAAUGCCUGGAGUUUGACCCAGAAGAGUUUUAUCACCUGCUUGAGGCAGCAGAGGGUCACGCCAAAGUGGGCCAGGGGAUCAAGAUAGACAUCCCACGGUACAUCAUCAGCCAGCUGGGUCUGACCCGAGACCUGCUGGAAGACAUGGUGCAGCUUGAACAUGACGCCAGUCCUUCAGUGUCAGUCGAGCCAGAACCUGCUGUAGAGAAUAAAGCCCCACAGACACUAACUCCAACCCGAAGGAAACCUCUAGAGAGGGAUUUUGAGACCAUCAAACUCAUCAGUAAUGGAGCUUAUGGGGCGGUAUAUUUGGUCCGCCACAAAGAGACACGGCAGCGGUUUGCCAUGAAGAAGAUAAACCGCCAGAACCUAGUGCUGAGGAACCAGAUCCAACAGGCGUUUGUGGAGCGGGACAUCCUGACUUUUGCUGAGAACCCCUUCGUUGUCUCCAUGUUCUGCUCUUUUGAGACACGACGCCACCUCUGCAUGGUCAUGGAGUACGUAGAAGGUGGAGAUUGUGCCAACUUGCUGAAGAAUAUGGGCCCCCUGCCUGUAGAAAUGUCAAGAAUGUACUUUGCUGAGACAGUCCUGGCACUUGAGUACCUUCACAACUAUGGCAUUGUGCACCGAGAUCUUAAACCUGACAAUUUGUUGAUCACAUCCAUGGGCCACAUUAAGUUAACCGACUUUGGACUGUCUAAAAUCGGCUUGAUGAACAUGACCACCAACCUGUAUGAGGGUCACAUAGAAAAAGACACGAGGGAAUUUGUAGACAAACAGGUGUGCGGCACUCCCGAGUACAUUGCUCCAGAGGUGAUCCUCAGACAGGGCUAUGGAAAGCCGGUGGACUGGUGGGCGAUGGGGAUCAUCCUGUACGAGUUCCUGGUUGGCUGUGUUCCAUUUUUUGGAGACACACCUGAAGAGCUUUUUGGGCAGGUUGUCAGUGAUGAAAUCAUUUGGCCAGAAGGAGACGAUGCCUUACCUGCUGAUGCUCAGGACCUAAUCACCCGCCUACUGUGGCAAAGCCCUUUAGAACGACUGGGAACAGGUGGCACCACUGAGGUCAAGCAGCAUCCUUUCUUUGUGGGUUUGGACUGGAAUGGACUCCUCAGACAAAAAGCAGAGUUCAUUCCUCAGCUGGAAGCAGAAGAUGACACCAGCUACUUUGACACUCGUUCUGAUCGCUACCAUCAUUUGGCGUCUGACGAAGAUGAAGAAACUAAUGAUGAAGAGUCAUCUUUAGAAAUCAGGCAGUUUUCCUCCUGGUCUCAUCGUUUCAGUAAGGUUUACAGCAGCACAGAACAUCUGGCAACACCAUCCAACCUGAGCUUCUCUUCAGACCGCAGCCACAGCGAAGAGAAGGAGGACCGUGGUGAUGUCGGGGGGCUGAGUCUGUCCCUGAGCCCAGCAGAUGGCUGUUUGGAUAGCAGGCACUCUGCACGCAUGGCCAGCCUUCGCCCUCGGGCAUCCUCCAGUUCCUCACAGUCUGAAAGGAGCGCGAGUCCCCUGGUGAUGAGCAGCACCCAUAGCCUGGAAACAAUGCCCCGCUUCGCCCUCUCCACCGACGAUGAAGCUGAAGUGGUGGUGUCAAACCUCCGAAGGAUCCGGAUUCGCAGCAACAGCACUGGAGCCAAACACUCGUCCCCCAAGGACCCAGUCGGCCCCCGACGCUUUGGGAACCAGCUGGAGACACCGGACAGACAGAGGCUUCCCUGCGGAGGAAAGGUUCCCAAAUCAGCGUCUGUCUCAGCCCUGUCCCUCAUCAUCACUGCAGAUGACUCACCAAGCGGCCUCCAGCCCAGUCCCAUUUCUCCACGUUCGCUGUCUUCCAACCCCUCGUCUCGUGACUCGUCGCCUAACAGAGACUUCUCCUUCAGCCCCACCAGCUUAAAGCCUCCGAUUGUCAUCCACACGUCGGGGAAGAAGUACGGCUUCACCCUGCAGGCCAUCCGGGUCUACAUGGGUGACAGCGACGUCUACACUGUCCAUCAUAUGGUGUCGAGUGUGGAGGAGUGCAGCCCAGCUCACCAGGCAGGUCUCCGCACCGGAGACCUCAUCACCCACGUGAAUGGAGAGUCUGUGCAGGGCCUGGUCCACCCAGAGCUGAUAGAGCUGCUGCUGAAGAGUGGCAACAAAGUGGCUCUGCAGACCAUAGCCUUGGAGAACACAUCAAUCAAAGUGGGUCCAGCCAGGAAGACCAAACACAAAGGCAAAAUGGCCCGACGCAGCAAGAAGAGCAGAAAAAGAGAUAAUUACGACAGACGACGGACCAUCCUAAAGAAGCUGUCCAAGCAGAGUACGGUGAUGCAUAGCAGCCGCAGCUUCUCUUCAGGUCUUCAUCACUCCGUUUCCUCCAGUGAGAGCCUCCCAGGCUCCCCGACACACAGCUUGUCCCCCGGCCCCUCUACACCCUGCAGGAGCCCAGCACCAGAUCAUCAGGGCUGUGACAACUCUCCCCAGAGUACGUCUCCUUGCUCCAGUUCCCCCAGUUCUCCUGCUACACACAUUCGGCCCAACUCUCUGCACGGUCUUGGCUCCAAGCUCAGCACUCAGCGCUUCACCAAGGUGGGCCGUCGGAAGUCCACCAGCAACAUCCCACCCUCUCCUCUGGCCUGCAACUCUUCCUCGUCCUCCAACCAGCCUCUGUCCCCACAGCGCUCGCCGUCCCCUCUGCCAGGCUUUGCCAAAACUCUCCACACUUAUCACGGUAAAACCUUAUCGCCCCCCACCAUCGUCCGGCACGUCGUCCGGCCCCGCAGCGCAGAGCCCCCUCGCUCCCCAUUACUCAAGCGGGUGCAGUCAGCGGAGAAAUUGUCUGGUGUGUACCAUGCCGAUAAGAAGUCGUACGCCCCCCGCAGGCACACGCUGGAGGUGCCGUUUUAUUGUGAGGGUGACCUGCUAGGUGACUCUGAGGUAGAGGGGACCUGUGGAAGCUUUUACAUCGGAGCAGACCACAGCAGACUGGGAGCCUAUGGGGGCUGUCAAAGGACGGAGCGGUCGGAGCAGCUGGUCGUUAUGCGCAAACUCAACCUGUCUGAGCGACGGGACUCCUUCAAAAAGCAGGAGGCGGUGCAGGAGGUGAGCUUCGACGAGCCAGAGGAGAAAAGCAGCAGCAGCAGCUUGGUGACGGGAAUCGGCGCAUCUCCACUACUCCAAACAAGACCCCUGCAGCAGCAGAAGCACAGGAUGACGUGGAUGUCAAGUCGGCCGCAGAGCAGAGAGGAAGUGGAGCUGGAAGUGCCAGUGGUCAGGAGAUUCACCCUGGUCCCUCAGAUCGCUGUGCAGGGUUCAACAGAGAGCGAGGAGCAGGAUGAGUGGGAGCCCUGCUCAGACGGAGAGGAUGGAAAUGAAGACCCCGAGGUGGAGAUCGUUCCGUCCCAGCAGCAACAAUCAGAGCAUCCUGCGUCUGAUCAGUCUCAGUCAGCGGGAGACGCUUCCUCAGCUCAUCAGCCCCAGAGCGCAGAGAGAAAUGAGGAAACCCGGCAAAAAGAAAACCCCAAAAAGUGACGCUUUAUUGCUUUGUAGGGAACUUUGAAGGAAGCUCAGCUGUUUCCGCUUAAACCCAAAUGAACUAAACUCACGGAAGAAGCUCCUACUUGAAUUUUGUAUGGGAAAAGUUUGCGGACUUUGUGGUUGUAUUUAUUAUGUUAGUAAGAAUAAGAGGGACGAGGAAAGGUUCUCAUCAUCUGAACAGCCAAGGUUAAAGCUUUUUGUAUCCAUAAAAUGUGCUUUUAUGUUUUUGAAUGGUUUUUUGUUUUCUAAAAAUGUCUAUUUUUUAAGGAAAUUGUGGUGGUAUCGAGGCAAUGCUGGAUAAUUGUAGGACCAAAUGGAGUGAUAAGUCUUUAUAGAAAUUAGGAUUAGUUUUUUUCCCCUCUGAGUGUCUGCAUUUGAAAGGGCAGCUUUAGAUGUACGGAUGACUAUUAGUCUUUUACUCACACUGCGAGGUACAUGAUUUAUUCAUGAUUUCAGCCACAGAAGACAACAUUCUUGGACUUUGUUGCUUGGCCUCUGUGUUUUGUGGCUUUAUAGCAUUUUAUUUUAUUUUAAAAUUGAUUAUUUGUGUUUCUUGCAAAGCUCUGGUUUUUUUUCAUUCACAUUUAACCAAUCAGAGCUGAGCAGUGUCUCAAAUCCCACUGAGACUCCAUCUGGGUGAAACUUUGAAGUGCAAUCUGUUGCGAAGACUAAAAGAUCCGUAGAGUUUGAAGUGCCACGAUAUCAGAGCACCAUCCUCCUAAGCCAUAUCUCUGAUGCUACAACCAACAACUCUACAUGAAGCAUUUUUAAAGCAACUCUUCCCCACUGGCAUCCCAAUCUUCAAAUAGGACAAUCAUGAAGAUGUGGAUUUUGCGGCUUUUCCAAGUGCGACAUUGCUUUGUGUCACGCUGCAACGUCUUGCUCCAACCUGCUGAGCUGCCAAAUUGAAAGAGUUUUAAAGAAAACAGGAUUGAUUUUUGUUUAUUUAAAUCCUCGUUGUGUUUAUCUUAUGACAGUUUUUACCUGCUGUCUCAAUUAAAAAACCCACAUUGUUUACUGUUAUCUUUCUUCUGUGUUGUGAGAAAGACCAAGCAUCAUUGACCUGUUCUACGUUCUUUAUUGUGUAGUCGUGUCGUGUUUACAUCAGUCGGGGGAAAGUGCACUAUUUUGACAUACGUUUUGUAACUAAAUGUGAAAGGUGGCUGGGAAUCGGCAUAGAGACACGUUUUCAGUGAAUCUGAGUCCUGGAGCUCUUUGAACUAAAGCUGUUCCGUGUGUAUAUUUUGAUAGUGAAGCUUUUGUGCAUCUCCAAAUGUGUUGGAGGAGGUUUUACUGUAUGCACAGGGACAAUGACAAAUUGAGGAAAUAGGAUUCAAUUUGUUUGGUUAUAUUUGACAUAUUUUCUGUAGAGAGUUUUGGGGUUGUUUUUCUUUUUUCUUUUAGUGGUUCUGGUUUGUAGCGAUUUGUUAUCUGUUAAUUGUUGAUGAGUCAAUCAAGCUCUCUUUUCUCCCAUCAGGUCCUCAAAUCUGAUGAAAAUCUUGCAUAUUGCUGUUGUUACUGAAAUGGAGUGAUCACUUUAUGGCUCAGUUCUUUCUGCAGUCCGACUGAAAUGUUUACAACGAACAAACAUGUGAUGUACUAUAUGAAUACUUUAUAUCACAUGGCUGUAUUUGAUGAGACUAUCCUGUUUGAUACCAUGGAAGAAAAAUGCAGAAGUUCUAUAUCUGUUUUUCUAUUGAAGUUAUUUGUUCCUAGGGAGUAAUUUGGUACUGAACUGUUUUUGUAUGUUUACAUCCACAUAAGUAGAAAGAUCAUCAGCUUUUUUGCUGCCUCAUUUCUGAGAAUUCAUAUAAAAAGCACAGUGGGGAGUGUUGAAGGGAAAUGUAGUUCAGACCACUAGAUUUGUGCACCUACAGAAGCCAAGUAAGCACUAAACCCGGUUUAUCAUGUGAUGAUUAUCUUGGAGGGGAGGUUAUGUUUUAAUCUUAUAAGAUGGUGUAACGUCCAUCCAUUUUCUGUACACCCUUUUAGUGAAGAUCUCCAUCACAUGUUUUUAUAUGUAUCAUCACUGUGCUGAUCACCACCUACUGAAGGUUUAAUGCAGCUGCCUUUAAGGCCACUGAAGAUCAGCAGAUGCAAAGUCAGCUGCUUUUUAAAAAGCUCUCAAUGAACAAACCGGCAGGUUUAUAAGCUGUUGUACAUGUGCACGUGUUCUCCUGUGGUCUCCUCCGUUCAGUGCAUGCUGCAUGAGACAAGCACACAGCUGUAAUACUUGACUGCAUGGUAUACCGGCGUUGCUGCCCUGUACUGUGUUUUCUUGUGCAAAGAAUAAACUUUGUAUUUCUCUUUGA